AUGGGCAAAGGUAUUAUGAAGGAAUUCCAGGCUUGCGGGAAAAAAAUGAAGGUAACUGUGGAUCCAUCAAUCGGAAGACCUAAAAGUAGAGACGAGUCUUCAAAGUUUUCUAGUCAAAUUGGUGUAGUCACCCGAGACGUACUUCUGGUGCCAGUAAGGUGGAAAGAUGUUGAUGAAGAAAAAGAUCUUCAACCUGGUAUUGAUCAUAUAAAGAUCCACAUGGAUAUUAAUUUGGAUGAUCCGACUGUAAAAUGCUGCGUGAUUGAUAGAGUCCAAGCUAGUUCACGCCAAAAACGUGACACAUCAAUUGUCGACCUAUCUUGUGACGAUCUGGGAAUUUUCCCAGUCACUGGUCGUCUGGGUUGCUCCCUGGAAGGAGCAGGCAAAAGGCAUAUUUUCGCCAUCGGUAAUUACAUCAAGCAGAGGUUGUUAAAACCGAUUCAUCAGUGGUUGGCCAGGGUCCUUAAGCUGUUACCAGCCGACGGGACCUUUGACCAAACAAAACCACUGGGCCGGUUGGAGGGUGCCUCGCAUUGA